AUGUCAAUUUCUUCCCUCUCCCCAACAAUCCCCACGGCCUCCGCCACCAAUGCCUCUUCCUCCUCCUUCCGCUCCUCCCUCCUCCUCCGCCUCCCCAUUAAGCGCCUCUCCAACCUCUCCCUUUCUGCCAACACUUCAAAGCAAACCCCACUCAUCUCUGCAUCAAUGGAAGCUGGAAUUGGUGUAAUGGGCACAAAGCUAGGCAUGAUGUCAUUCUUUGAAGAUUCCGGGACUGUAGUCCCGGUAACCGUAGUCGGAUUCCGGGAGGGCAACAUUGUUACUCAGGUCAAGACCGAGCUCACUGAUGGUUAUAAUUCGGUUCAGGUUGGGUAUAGGAGAGUCCGGGAUAGAAAACUGACCAAACCAGAGAUGGGGCAUCUGGAGAAGUCCGGGAUUAUCCCGCUGCGCCACUUGCAGGAAUUUAGGCUCCAGUCUGUUGAUGGGUUUGAGUCCAAUCAGAGGCUUGCGGUUGAGGAAUUGUUUAAGGAGGGGGAUCUGGUUGAUGUUUCUGGUACCACCAUUGGGAAGGGAUUUCAAGGUGGAAUCAAGAGACAUCACUUCAAAAGAGGUCCUAUGACUCACGGGUCAAAGAGUCAUAGACAACUUGGGUCUAUCGGUGCUGGCACAACUCCUGGACGUGUGUACCCGGGUAAGAAAAUGCCUGGAAGAAUGGGAGGCACUAAGAGGAAGAUUCGGAAGCUGAAGAUUGUCAAGAUUGACAAUGAACUUAACGUUGUUAUGAUCAAAGGUGCUGUUCCUGGUAAGCCAGGAAAUCUACUACGCAUUACUCCGGCAAAGAUUGUUGGGGUAAAUAUACCAAAGAACUAG